GUUAAAACGAUUCUGAGGACGAUCGAUUCCAGAGAAAAUUCUAUAUACAAUUAAGUAACUGAAACAAAUUGAAGAUAAUGGAGAUGACCACCGACGCCUUAGUUGGACAGCAUCUCAUCUAUGAUCGAUACAAGGAAUUGAAAGACUUUGAAGAAUCAAAAGCUGGUGUCAAAGGAGUAGUUGAUGCUGGGAUUCAAACGAUUCCACGAAUGUUCAUUCGACCACAAGAUGAGCUCACUGAAGACUUAGCAGCUCAUACUGAAUAUAGUGGUAGUAGUAGCUUUGAUACUCCAAAGAUAGACCUCCAAGGAGUGGAUCAAAAGAAUCGGCGAAAGGAAAUCAUUUGUGAAAUUCGAUGUGCGUCCGAGACAUUUGGCUUCAUUCAGUUGGUGAAUCAUGGAGUUCCGGUAAGUGUAAUGUCAGAGAUUAUCGAUGGAGUUAAGCGAUUCCAUGAGCAAGAUACGGAUAUAAAGAAAAAGCUUCACUUGAAUGGUCUCGUCGGUGGAGUUAAUUUUGGUAGCAAUUUCGAUCUUUAUGUAUCGAAAUAUGCUAAUUGGAGAGACACAGAUAUAGUUGUUGAAUAUGGGAAGUAUAUGAUGCAACUGUCAGAUACUCUUACUGAAUUGUUAUCUGAAGCUCUAGGUUUACAAAAACAUCACUUAAGAAACGUGGAUUGUAAUGAAUGUUUAUCGAUGAACGGUCAUUAUUAUCCGGCAUGUCCUGAACCUGAACUAACAUUAGGUACAAGCAAGCAUUCAGACCCAACUUUUUUCACUAUUCUUCUUCAAGAUUAUAUUGGUGGGAUUCAGUUUCUGCAUCAGAAUCAUUGGUUUAAUGUCAAUCCUGUCCCUGGUACAUUUGUUGUAAAUAUCGGUGACGUUCUUCAGCUUAUGAGCAAUGGCAAGUUUAAAAGUGUGGAACAUAGAGUACUAGCAAAUCGUGUCGGACCAAGAAUAUCAGUGGCAUGCUUUGUCAGGCCAAGUAUUAAUGCAUCCACAAAGAUUUAUGGUCCUAUAGAAGAGCUACUUUCUGAAGACAAUCCACCUAUUUACAGAGCCAUGACGUUUAAAGAGUAUACGAGUCAUAGCCGUUCCAAAGGGAUGAACGGCGUUUCUGCCUUAAACUACUUUAAGUUGUGAAGUUAAGAGCGUCCACUGGGAGAGUAAACCCAAAUAUUUGGUCUUUUGAACAGACGUAGUGGAACGUACUAUCGAUCAAUUUUGAUCAACGACUAAAACCCAGAAUAUAUUUGGUCUGG